UUUAGGCGGUGACUCUGGAGGCCACGGGAUAAAACGGAGAAGUCCCAGGAUGCAAACAACCCGGACCCCUGAGUCACCCCAUGGAGGAGAGGAAAUUGUGUGAUUUUCACGCGUUGGUGGGCCCAGGACUAGCUAAUCUCCUUCUGCCCCGGCCGCUCGGCAUCCCUGGCCCAGUGCCGUCCCAUCCGAUUCUCUUUCCCCCCCUGCCCUUGGAUGACCCCUGCACCCGGGCACCCUGCUGCUCCAGGUCUUGGCACAUUUUGUCCACAUAUGGCUGUGGGAGGAGGCUGGUCUCAUCGGGUGGGAAGAGGGGCGACAAAGAGGGCAUUGUCUGGUGGAAUAAAGACGUGGGAUGGAGUUCUCUUUAUCCUUGGGGGCUUCUUUCCUGGCACCAACCCUUAGAAACGCAUUGUGAAAGAGAAGUUUGUCUUGGUGCUUUAGGCUUCGGUCAGAAGCUUAGAAAUCAUCAGGCAGAAACUGCCCUGCCCCUGCCCUCCAGCAUCAACCUUCACCUCCUCCCGAUACCCACACUGACCCGGGCACUGUGGACAUUUAUAAAUGGAGCCAUUGAGGAAUCAGGAGAAAUCCAUGCAACUCUGAAAAAUGUGCCUGUUCCCCAAGUCCUAUGUGUGUCCCCGCUUUCCACCCCCACUUCAGGCAUCUGGACAAGGUCUCUGGUCCCUGUGGCUGGACCACCCGCAGAGCCCCGAAUGGUGGGCUCACAGGUCUCUGUUCCCAAGGAGAUGGUCACAUGCCAUCAGCAAAGAUGUGCUGAAGGCACCUGACUCGGUGGCUCCUCCUUGAGAAGCAUCUUAGCAGAGCGGGGAGAGGCUGACCCUGGAGUCAUCUUUGGUUCCCAGCCUGUGUCUUCGACUCGCUGCCUGAGUGACCUUCACAGGAUGUGUGGCGGGUUCCUGAGGCGGCUGGUGGUGGAGGAGAGCCGGCACGCCACCCCUGUGGGGCGCCUCCUGCUUCCUGUGCUCCUGGGAUUCCGCCUGGUGCUGCUGGCCGCCAGUGGGACGGGGGUCUUCAGUGAUGAGCAGAGCGAAUUCGUGUGUCACACCCAGCAGCCGGGCUGCAAGGCCGCCUGCUACGAUGCCUUCCACCCUCUCUCCCCUCUGCGCUUCUGGGCCUUCCAGGUCAUCCUGGUGGCGGUGCCCAGCAUCCUCUAUGUGGGGGUCACGCUGUAUCACGUGAUCUGGCAGUGGGAAGCAGGAAAGGUGAAGAGGGAAGAAGGGACACUGAGCGGCCAGGGGGAGGAGAGCCAGGGUGCCUCAGGGGCUGGGAGCCCCAGGCUGCUCUGGGCCUACGUGGCACAGCUGGGGGUGCGCCUGGCCCUUGAGGGGGCAGCCUUGGGGGGACAGUACCAUCUGUAUGGGUUCAAGAUGCCCAGCUCCUUCUCAUGUCGUCAAGAGCCUUGCCUUGGUAGUACAACAUGUAAUCUGUCUCGUCCCGCUGAGAAGACCAUCUUCCUAAAGACCAUGUUCGGGGUCACUGGGCUCUGUCUCCUGUUUACUCUUUUGGAGCUGGUGCUCCUGGGCGUGGGGAGAUGGUGGAAGACCCGGAAGGACAAAGCUCCCUCUUCUAACUACUUCCCAUCUUCAGAGAGCACCAAAAGACACCGGGAACCAACUGGUAACUUCCCAGCGGUGGAAACAAAAGAACAGUUCCAAGAAGCAGGUGGGAGGGGCACCGAUGUCCCUCUUGCUUCCUGCCCCUGAUGCAUCCAUCCCGGUGAUCUUCCACAGCAGGUCCCUUGCCCUCUGGGAAGUACAACUCCCACGUGUUACAAGGGAGAAAACCAGGUUCUAGGCAGAUGUCUUCUGACCGCUGCUCCCAAAACACCCCCCAACUGCCAUCUCCAUCAAUCGGGUGGUUCUUUCCAGUGAACCGGGACCACAGUGUGCAGUCAGUUGUACCUCUGGCUUUUCCAUUUAGGUCUCUUCCCACUUAGAAGAAGUCUCAGCUUCUGCUUGAUUCUCUACUUUGCAGAGUUAUGAAGACACCUGGCUCACCCGUGAAGGAAACCCUAUGACUGGAUCUUCUUUGGAACAUCCAGUGAGUGGGGAUUUAUCUCCAGGGCAAAUCAGAGGCUACUGAUGUAUAUCCAAGAGCCACGGUAGGCCAUGCUGUCUGCAGCAUGUCCUUGAAGGGCUCCUGCCUGUGCCUUCUCACCAAAUCCCCCGGUGUCAGCAUCACGGUUUUCAUGGGUUUCACUCCAGAGCCAGCCAGCAGAAGCCUCCAUAAGAUCGUGCCUCUCCCUGUCCUGUGCAAUAAAUAUUGGUCACCGUU